CAUUUUGGCUAGCUCGACAGCCCGCGCUGUCGCGUGCACCAUGAGGAAGUCCAGUGAUGAAGCGGAGGUGAAAACACGGGACAGGGAGAAGUUUUUCACCCGCUCACCGGAGGAGGAAUCACCGGUGUGACUCACCUGUGCGAGCCGGCGACAGGAUGUUUUUCCUCGGCUUCUUCCUGUGGAGUUUCACAGAGGUGACCACGGCUCAGCAGGGACCUCCACCGCCGUCACCCCCGCCGCCGCCUCCGCCACUGCUGCUGGUGUCGUUCGACGGGUUCCGGGCAGAUUACCUGAAGAGGUUCCCCAUGCCCAACCUGAAGCUCCUGUACAGCCAGGGAGUCCUGGUGCAGGAGCUCACCAACGUCUUCAUCACCAAGACGUUUCCCAACCACUACAGUCUGGUGACGGGUCUGUACGCAGAGUCUCACGGUAUCGUGGGCAGCUCCAUGUACGACCCCGACACCCACAAAUACUUCCACCCCUCCAGCGACCUGGACCCGGUGUGGUGGCAGGAGGCGGAGCCUCUGUGGAUCACGGCGCUGGACUCGGGCCUCAGGACGGCGACGGCCAUGUGGCCCGGCUCCGACGUGACCAUCGGGAACCGCACGGCCACGCACUUCCUGCCCUACAACGGCGCCGUGACAUUCCGGCAGCGGCUCGGCAACGUGACGCAGUGGCUGCUGGGAAACGACGAGGAGUCGGGAGUGAAGUUCGUGGUUAUGUACUGGGAGGAGCCGGACAGAACGGGUCACAUGUUCGGUCCAGAGAACGACACGGCCAUGAGCAAAGCCCUUAAAGAGGUCGACGAUAAUAUCGGCCUGAUGAUGUCAGAGCUGAAGCGGAUCGGACUUUGGGGGCGUGUCAACGUGAUAGUAACCAGCGACCACGGCAUGGCCCAGUGCUCGCCGGAGCGCCUCAUCCGUCUGGACGACUGUCUCCACCCGGACAACUACACGCUGGUGGACGUCUCGCCCGUCGCCGCCCUCGUCCCGCGCCAAGACACCGAGGCCGUCUUUAACCUGCUCAACGACUGCCACGCCCACAUGACGGCGUACAUGAAGAAGUCCAUCCCUGAGCGGCUGCACUACAGGAACAACAGACGCAUCCAGCCCAUAAUACUGCUCGCCGACGAGGGCUGGACCAUCGUCCAGAGAGGAGACCGCCUGCCGCAGCUGGGCGAUCACGGCUACGACAACUCCCUACCCAGCAUGCACCCCUUCUUUGCAGCGGCGGGGCCCGGCUUCCGCGGCGGUGUUGAAAUGAGCGAGUUAAAGAGCGUGGACAUUUACCCGCUCAUGUGUCACCUGCUGUCCGUCACACCGAGGCCCAACAACGGCAGCCUGGAGGCAGCUCGCCCCCUGCUGGCAGCGCAGUGCACAGCGUGGGACGUCUCUCUGGUGUUCACUCUGGGGGUGGGCGUGGCUCUGUUCCUCCUCACUAUGGCAUUUGUUUUCAGGUGGGUGUGUCGAUGUUACUCUCCAGGCUCCACCUCUUUUCAGAGACUACAAACUGGUGAUGAUGAUGAUGAUGAUGAUGAUGAAGGUCUGUUUCACUGAAGCAGACAGAGCAGAGGUCGUCUCUCACUCACCCUCUCACUCACUCAUCUGUGUCUCAUGUUUGUCCUUUUAUAGUUUAUUUAAAUUCUCUCUGACUCGUUUAUCUCUCACACCAAAGUCCACAGAGUAAAUCAGUGAUUUUAGCUGCGGGACACAUGAGCUUCAGGUCUACUGCUGCCUCGUGUGGUCACUGUGUGUCACUGAGGUCAAUCUGAAUGUAGGAUUUUAAAAGCUGAAGUGAUAAAAUAAGACAUUUGAACUCAGUGAUGGAGGCAGCAGUGGAUCAACGACGCCUGUGUGUGUGUGUGUGUGUGUGUGUGUGUGUGUGAUGUUAAAAUCCCUGGUUUUCUGUGUGGACUUUGGUGUGGGAGAAACUUCAGAAGAUAACCCUUGAAUGUUUAAGUGAACACUGUUUUUUCCUUUACUCAACUAAGUUUUAUUUCUUUACCUCUAAUAAGAAAACUGAUUUUAUUUCAUUGUUUUUUAUUAAUAGUUUUUGGGGAAAAUGUUCUUUUCUUUUUCAUGAAAUUUAAAUAUUAACAUAAUCAUUUAUAUUUUUAACCUUUAAUGACUGUAUUUUUAAUGUCACUUCUUGCCAACAGAGGGAGCCAGAGGCUCAUUUCUCUUGUGAGCUGGUGCAUUCUAUGUGUUACACAGAAGUUAUUUGUUUCCACUUUUUUAUAAAAGUGGUACAUUUUAAACUGUUUUCCAUCAGUUUAGUUGUUAAAUAAAAGACGGUGAUUUCUAAAUGAAUUAUACCAAAGAUUUGAAGCUAGAAUCUCUCCAGGGCUUUUAGUGAUAAAAUGAAAGUCUUUUAUUACAGAUGAGGUAGUAAAGACACUGGUCACAGUCAUUCAUUCGUUGUUUUGACAGUUUCUCAGAGAGAUUUGUUGUCUUGCCCAAGGGCACGGGUCACAUGACCACCUGCAGGGAAGACAGUGAUACUGAACAUUUGUGUUGACGCCAUUUAUUUAUUAUUUCUAAAACCAACACAAACACAGUGUUGGUUUUUAAAGGUGUGUCACGGUCGUGUUGAAAAUAAUGUGCUAAACUUUUUAAUCCCAACAAAGAGUAUUUUUUAAAUAAAAUCUGCAGAGUACAGCUGUUUUAAUUUAAUGACCUCCAACAAAGACGUCAUAUCCAUGGUCAAAUUUGUAAAAAAAAAAAGAAAAAGGGAAGGAAAUUGUCUUAUUUAUUAGAUUUUUUGGGUGGUAAUCUGGAUUAAAACCUUGUAAAGUAGUCAUUUCUGUUCUGCCAAAAAUGGUCAGUAUUGCUCUGAAAAAAGCCAUUAAUCCAGCAGGUCAUAAUCUGGAUUGACACAGUGAACUUGUUGGAGGUUUAUUUCCAUAUUGCUAACAUUUGGAUAAAUCUCUUCCAAACAAAAGAAAAGAAGGUGAGGAAUCCACUUUCAAAUCCCUGUUUCCAUGUUUUUCUUAUUAGUGUUUAUGUGUUGUACAUGUAAACGUAUGAGAUUAUCAUGGUUUUUUCAUGUUUCUGAUAAUGAAUUGAUUAAAUUAUAGAUAAAUGAG